GGAAAAUUGCUGCGUGUUAGAGCCGGACACGGGUUCUCCUACCUCAUGCCAGUAGCACCCCUUCAUUCGAAGGGGUGGUAGACGUUAAUUUCUUCUGACGGUUGAUUGUACUAGUGCGCGUUCGAACGAUCGUCAUUAAAAGGCCGCGCGAAUAAGCGGAUUAUUUUCCACCGUUGUAAAAUCAUUUACAUUAUUUAAUAUCAUGGAGUCACUGUUUCCAUCAUCUCACCAAGUGAAGAUCUUGCUUGAGGAAGCGAAGUUUAUUGGAAGGAGAAGAACAUGUUUUCGAUUCCGCAAUCGUAAUUUCCGGGACAUUUCGCAAUUGUGCUUGGACGAUCAAGUUUUAGCUUACUAGUUUAUCCACGCGUUUCUGUAACCUCCUCGAGAUACAUACAUGUCAGAAGACGUUAAAGUCAUAGAAAGGAAAAACGACGACGACGUAGGCAAGAUAUUCAAUGUGUACAGCAUUAUCAUCCAGGCAUUUGUAAGAUGAAACCGUCCAUGAAAAUGGGAGUGAUCGCCUUGAUUGGUGUUUGUGUGGUAUUUUAUCAAUAUCACCUGUCUACAGGAGUUAGAUUCGAUCAGGCGAUCGAUUUUAGUGCCGGUGGGUCUAUCGAUGAUGAGGUUGAAUCUCAUCAGAUUAAGUUCCCAAGGUUUACCUCAGAUAUGGUAAUGAACGCGGUACGUCGAGUACAAGAUUUGAAUGGUCUCAGUCCAGAAGUUGGUACAUUAUUGAUCAAAGAAAUAUGGUAUCAACUCAAUAAAAAUGUCCUUGAAACUACGGAAAACGAUUCGCGAAUUUUACGACCUUGUUCAAAACUUGUCACUUCGAACGUCGCAUGUAUGCCUUCCUUAUCAUCAUCGUCCACGAAGAAUGAAAUAUCUUUGGAUCCUCUCUACAUUAUAACACCGACUUAUCGUAGACCAGAACAAAUUCCAGAGCUCACUAGGAUGUCUCACACGCUUAUGUUAGUUAAAAAUGUUCAUUGGCUCGUAAUAGAGGAUGCAUACGUAGCCACGAAACAAGUUACGAGAUUACUCGAACGUACGGGUUUAAAAUUCGAUCAUCUAACAGCGCCGAUGCCAGAAAAAUAUAAAUUUAAAAAUGGUGCAAAACCACGUGGCGUUUCUAACAGAAAUCGUGGCUUGCAAUGGAUAAGAGCGAACGCAACGAAAGGUGUACUUUAUUUCGCUGAUGAUGAUAACACCUAUGACAUAGCUUUGUUCGACGAGAUCCGUAAAACGAAAACUGUGUCAAUGUUUCCGGUUGGUCUUUGUACCAAAUUUGGUUUGAGUUCUCCGAUUAUAAAGAACGGAACGUUUGCUGGUUUCUAUGAUGGAUGGGUCGCUGGUCGUAAGUUUCCAGUUGACAUGGCAGGAUUUGCCGUGAAUGUCAAAUUUUUACUUCAAAGGCCAAACGCCACGAUGCCGUUUAGAGCUGGUUACGAGGAAGAUGGUUUCUUGAAGAGUCUUGCACCGUUAGAACCACGAGACGUACAAUUAUUGGCAGACAAUUGUACAAGAGUACUCGCGUGGCAUACGCAAACAAAAAAGAAUGAACCAAGUGCACCAUUGAAUAUGAAACUCUAUGGGUCGACAAAUCUCGUUAAAUUGAAGGAACAAAUAGUAUGAUGUCCGGUAAGAUACAGCAUUAUUUGCCGAAGAUAAAAGUCUCGAGUACUCGUCCGUUUUGUUUCUCGAACCUGUUUUUAACGGAUAGGUGCAAGAAAAAAAAGCUAUGUGAUUUAGUGCCUAAAGUAUUUCUCCUACGUGUAAUCUAAAGAAGAAAAAGAAGAAGAAGAAGAAGAAGAAGAAGAAGAAGAAGAAGAAGAAGAAGAACGGAAUGUUCUUAAGCUGAACCAUCAAAAUGACGGCGAAGCCUUUGAUCUAAUUUUUAAUUUAAAGGCAGACUUUUACCUCAUAGCCAUGAGAUCGAAAAUGAGUCUCCUGCAUUGCAGUAGUAUGGUUUACUGUACCAUAGUGUUGAUAUAGUGCAUUUUAAAUUAUGUGUGGAUGUAUAUAUAUAUAUAUAUACAUAUACAUAUACAUAUACAUAUACAUACAUACAUACAUACAUACACUCACAAAAAUACUCUCGCGCGAACAGUACAGACUAAUGACCAAUUGAGGUGAGUUAAAUUGAUUCUAGUGAGCAUAGUGAUAAUGAAAGAUUUUUGUGAGAAAGCAAGAAGAAUGAGGGAAGCAAUGUAAAAAAAAAAAAAAAUAAGCGAGUAACUAUCUUGGACCAGUAAAUACAUAGUGAAAGUGUGAGAGCUCGAAACACAAAUCGAAUCUGCCUAAGCCUCCAAAUAUGCACUUAAUUGUAUUAAUGAAAUAUUAAUAGUAAUUAUGAAAUUUUUCUUUGUGUACCGUAUUUGGACAGUCUAUGCAGUCAUGUCACAAUCACAAAUUUCAACUUCCGAUUUUUAUCAGACACAUUGGAUAUCGAUUCCAUGUUAAAGCUUUUUGAACAAUAAUAUAAUAUUGUAAAUAAGUAUUACCAAUGUGGCAUAUUAUUAAGCCGGAAGAAUAUUCUAUGAAAAACGGUAUAUUGAAUUAAUAUCUUGCGAAGAAGAUCCUUUUAUUAGAUGAAAAUAUAAAAUCCAAGGAUAUUUGAACUGGUGAUUAUAAAAAAAUGAUCCAAAUCAUAUUAUAUAUUUUUCAUUUUGAGAUAUAUUAACAAUUAGGUUUGAUUUAUUUAAAGAUUAUUUUUUUUUUUUUUCUAUAAUGACGAGCAUAAAAAGAAAUAAAUAUAUUUAUUCUUGAAAAAUAGUUCUUUUAUGUUAUUUAAAAAUUUUUUAAACAGAAUGUGAGAGAUAAAAUAUGUCUUUUUACAUCUCAAACGACUUAGAUCACUUUUAUAACCAUUGGCUUAUUUGUCAAAGAUUUCUUGAUUUUCUUUUUUUUUUUUUUUUGUGCAUAUCUUUUCCAUGGUCAUUAAUAAUCAUAAAUCAUUAUUAUAAUCAUUCUUUGUUGGUAGGUGAUCUUCUCAUCUUAUUUAAAUUAUCUUUGAACUUUCAUGUGAGAGAGGAACUUAUCAGUCAAAUAAACACCGUGAAUUCGAUAAUGUGAUCUCAAUAUUGCAUUAUUGUAAAAUGAUUUAUUUGUACAUAAAGAUCAUGCCGUGCUUCCUAGGCAAAAAGGUAUAAAUAUCACAUAUUGUAAUAGCAAAAAGAAAUUAAUAUUUUUUUUUGUUCUAUUUGUGGCUUAGUAACCAAUGUUGAUUAGCUUAAUCGCCAGGUAGCUCAUCGAAGUAUAUAGAUUAUUAAGCAAAGCGCGCAUCGAUUUUUCUUUCGAAUAAUUCAUUCGUUGAUCAUUUUUUUUUUGAGAGAGAUAGAUAGAGAGAGAGAGAGAGAGAGAGAAAAAUAGGAAAAGUUUUGCAUAUCGAGUUAUGGCUGUCAACAUUUGAAUAAUUUUUAUUGUAAAAGCGUUAGUUAUAUUCUCAACAGAUUUGUGUAAAGCCAAAGAAUGUAAUCGUUCCGAUAACAAAAAAAAAGUAUAUAUAUACUAAAAAAGACAAAAAAAAAACAACACUUUCUUAUCAAAAAAAUACAAUCACGAAUUAGUAAUUGCAUUACUAUGAAAAAUUCUAUACUAAGUACUACUCAUAUGUAGCCUAGAGGAAAUUAUUAGAUAUUUAAUAGAAAAUCUUUUCUCAAGGAUUUAUAUACAAAGUAAUAAUAUUACAAUGAGUUUUCAUUUACAAUAGCAUCUCAAUUUUUUUGUUCGAUUUCUUUUUAGGCAUAUAUAUAUAUAUAUAUAUUACGAGGGACGUUGUAAAAAUCAGGGAUAACGCGAGAGAUGCAAGAUCAGAUUAUUCCAUUUAUCUUGUAAUACAGAAGUCGGUAAAAAACAAAUAUGUACGUAUACAUAUAUAUAUUUUUGCUGCAAAUCAGUUUUGCAAUGUACAAAAAAAUCUUUAUAUAAUUUUUAUUUCUCAAGUAUACGUCUUAUGAUUUUUGUAUCAAAGUAUCUACUUAAUAAUCCCUUUUAAAAUAUAAAUGAAAAAUUAGAUAUAAUUAAAUUUAAAUAAUGCUGUCAUCCCAUAAUAAAUUAGUUCAUUUAGGUUUAGGCUUAAUUUGGAAAUAUGUUGUUAUUUCUUACAAUGCAUUGUAUAGUAUAUUGUAGAUGCAUUAUUAUACUGAUGUAAAGAGUAUCAAGCAAUAAUAUUAUAAAUACAAUAAUAAAAUUCAAAAAAUAUGUUCUAUUAUAUUAAUAAUAUCAACAAUAAACAAAAGUAUCACUCUUUCUCGAUAAAUAAUAUAAAUGAAAUUUAACUCCUGUUUAUAAAUUUGGAAUCAUUUUCUUAUAAGAUUCCAAUAUUCAAAUGUACAUAUGCUUUCCAAAUUGUAUAUGAUACAUUUUCUGACGAUAAUUAUAAAAAGAAAUUAAUGACGAAAUAAAACGAAAGUUAGAUAAACGUCGAAAUGAUUUUUAUUAUAUAAAUCGUCAAAUUUAAAUCAUAUAUAUUAUGGAUUAUGCUACGCGUAUGUACGUGUGAAACAUUAGUGAUAAAAACACUAUAAAAUUAUUAUAUGCGAGGACUGAUCACAAAUACUAUGAAAAAAAAAAAAUUGUUUUCAUAUAUGUAAGAAGUAUUCUCAAAUUCAUUCAUCAAUUUAUUCUAAUUUCGUGUGACUGUUAAUAUUGGAACUACAGAGACUGUAUAUGAUGAACAAAUACUAAAUAAAAAGAAUUAAGAACGA